AACACAGGGGAUUUGGUCAUGGAGGCUUUGCUGGAGGGAAUGCAAAAUCGGGGACAUGGCGGGGGAUUUUUGACAUCCUGUGAAGCAGAGCUACAGGAACUCAUGAAACAGAUUGACAUAAUGGUGGCACAUAAAAAAUCUGAAUGGGAAGGCCAGACACAUGCUCUAGAAACUUGCUUGAACAUCCGUGAACAAGAGCUUAAGACUCUUAGAAGUCAGUUGGAUAUGAAACACAAAGAGGUCGGAAUGCUGCGUCAGCAGGUAGAAGAACAUGAAAAAGUCAAGCAAGAAAUGGCUAUGGAGUAUAAGCAAGAGUUAAUGAAAUUACAUGAAGAAUUAGGUAGACUGAAGAGAAGCUAUGAAAAGCUACAAAAAAAGCAUAUAAGAGACUUCAGAGGUAACACCAGAAGUCACAAGGAGGAUCGGUGUGAAAUUGAGAGGUUAACUGGAAAAAUAGAGGAAUUUCGUCAGAAAUCACUGGACUGGGAAAAGCAACGCUUGAUUUAUCAGCAACAAGUAUCUUCUCUGGAGGCACAAAGGAAGGCUCUGGCUGAACAAUCAGAGAUAAUUCAGGCUCAGCUUGCUAAUCGGAAACAGAAGUUAGAGUCUGUGGAGAUGUCCAGCCAGUCGGAAAUUCAGCAUCUUAGCAGUAAGCUGGAGCGGGCCAACGAUACCAUCUGUGCCAAUGAGUUGGAAAUAGAGCGCCUCACUAUGAAAGUCAACGACUUGGUUGGAACCAAUAUGACUGUUCUGGAGAAGCAGCAGCAAAAAGAAGAAGAAUUGAAAGAAUCUGAAAAAAUGUUGGAGAUUUUGCGGAAAGAGAAGAGAGAAUUGAAAGCAACAAUUCAGUCUCAAGAAAAUUUCAUCCGUGAAGCAAGAUUUCAAAAGGAGAAGCUACAAGCAAAAUUAAAGGCAACUGAUACUCAGCAUGCAGUAGAUUUAGUAAGGUCACCAGAGGCGCCUCAGUCAGAAAGGAGGUACAGCUCUCAAGGGCAGGGGGACCUAGAAAAUGUGCUCUCACAGCUGGAUUUUACUCACAGUAGUGAGGAACUUCUGCAGGCAGAGGUGACACGUCUUGAAGGCAGCUUGGAAUCUGUGAGUGCAACAUGUAAACAGCUGAGUCAAGAAUUAAUGGAAAAAUAUGAAGAGUUAAAGAAGAUGGAAGGAUAUAACAAUGAAUACAGAGCGGAGAUUAAAAAAUUGAAAGAACAGAUUUUGCAGGCCGAACAGAGUUACGGUUCUGCACUAGAAGGAAUGAAGGUGGAAAUCUCCCAGCUAACUCGGGAGUUGCAUCAGAGAGACAUCGCUAUUGCUUCCACUAAAGGUUCUUCCUUAGACAUGGAAAAGCGACUCAAAGCAGAGCUCCAGAAAGCAGAAGAAAAAGCAAAAGAGCACAAGGAGAUUUUGGAUCAGCUGGAGUCACUUAAGUUAGAAAACCGUCAUCUUUCUGAAACAGUGAUGAAAUUGGAAUUGGGUUUACAUGAGGCAAAAGAGAUUUCUCUGGCAGACCUUCAGGAGAAUUAUAUUGAGGCAUUAAAUAAAUUAGUAUCUGAAAAUCAACAACUACAGAAAGAGUUGAUGGAUACCAAAUCUAAACUAGAGGUUUCCACUCAGAUGUGCCCCCCCAAAAAUGACAGGAUUUCUAAAGUGACACACGGCAGAACUACUGAGUUCAAGAAUACAGAGUUCAAGCCAACCCAUGGCCAGCACAGAUGGGAUGGAGUAAAGACUGAGCUCUACAAAGCAGGCCUUUGGUCUCCACUGAGAGGACAAGCAUCGGAUAGCUUAGAGCCUGUGUCCAGGACCCUCAGCCCCCUGAGUCCUCACAUCAGCUCUUGCAGCUCCACCAUCUCUUUGCCUUCUAACUUUCUGUGUAAAACUGACUCUUUGCCUUCAGUCUUGGAUGCAAAUGAUGCCAAUUUUUCUGAUACUGUGUCUGAGAGUAUGAAUGACCAAGAAGAGUUUAUAUAUUUGUGCCCUUUGCCUGUAUCUCCCCUUGGCUCAGUAGCUACAAGAUUUUUGGAAGAAGAGGAACUGAGGUCUCAUCAUAUCCUAGAGCGCCUGGAUGCCCACAUUGAAGAACUAAAAAGAGAGAGUGAAAAGACGGUGAAGCAAUUCACAGCUCUAAAGUAG